GUUCACACUCUAUUAAACUUCCUUCUUUUUAUUGUUCACACUCUACUAAACUUCCUUCUUGUUAUUGUUAACACUCUACUAAACUUCCUUCUUGUUAUUGUUAACACUCUACUAAACUCCCUUCUUGUUAUUGUUCACACUCUACUAAACUUCCUUCUUGUUAUUGUUCACACUCUACUAAACUGCCUUCUUGUUAUUGUUCACGCUCUACUAAACUUCCUUCUUGUUAUUGUUCAUACUCUGCUACACUUCCUUCUUCUUAUUGUUCAAACUCAACUACACUUCCUUUUUGUUAUUGUUCACAUUCUGCUGCACUCCCAUAUUUGA